AUCGGAGUCUUUCCCGUCCCUGCUGUCGUUCUGUUGGCUUUUGUAUACGUGAUUGUACUGAGCACGUUAUAGACUACUGCUUAACAGAGAGGAUGUCGAGUACUGCAGUGUGCAGCCAUUGUGGCUGUACAGACAUAGACAAGGAUCCGGCCCGAGGAGAUGCUGUCUGUACCAACUGUGGCUCAGUGCUGGAGGACCAGAUCAUUGUGUCCGAGGUCCAGUUUGAGGAACAUGCUAGUGGAGGAUCAUCUGUUAUUGGGCAGUUUGUGUCCAGUGAUGGGAUGAAGGCUCACUCUUUAGGAAUAAGCUUUCCUAGGGGAAUGAAGAGAGAAUCUCGUACAGUCACUUUUGAAAAUGGAAGAAGACGUAUUCAACAGCUUGGUGCUCAGUUAAAGCUGAACCAACAUUGUAUAGACACUGCCUUUAACUUCUAUAAGAUGGCGGUGGUCAAGCAGUUGACUCGUGGCCGAAAGACAGCCCAUGUGACUGCAGCGUGUCUGUACCUUGUCUGUCGCACAGAAGGCACACCUCAUAUGCUGCUUGAUUUUAGUGACCAACUUCAGAUCAAUGUUUACAGUCUUGGUAAAACCUACUUACAACUUUCAAGAGAACUUUGCCUCAACAUUCCAGCCAUAGAUCCUUGCCUUUACAUACAGCGGUUUGCACACAAAUUGGAGUUUGAGGAUAAGACCCAUGAUGUUUCUAUGAUUGCUCUGCGACUUGUUCAGAGAAUGAAAAGAGACUGGAUGCAUACAGGUCGCCGUCCCUCUGGACUUUGUGGUGCAGCCUUACUAGUGGCAGCAAGAAUGUCCAACUUCAACAGAAGUGUUAAAGAUAUCAUCAAAGUAGUCAAAGUGUGUGACACAACCAUCAGGAAAAGACUUGCUGAAUUUCAGGACACCCCCUCUAGUCAGUUAACUAUUGAAGAAUUUCAGAAUAUCGACCUUGAAGCAGAACAUGAUCCCCCAUCUUUCACUGAAGGCAAAAAACGUGCACUACAAGCUAAACUAAAUGCACAGCUUGAAGAAAAGAACAAGUUGAAUGAACUGACAUGUGAAGUUUCAGAAAUUCAGGAAGAGAUUGAAAAGUCGUUGCAGCCUCCUAAACCACGAGGAAUCUGGGCUGCUUAUUCAAAGCCCAGCACACCAUCACCACUGUCAUUGUCAGGGACUGAUGAGAUAGAAAAAGUGGAAAAAUUCUUGGAGAAAGAAACAUUAGCAGGAUGUGUCGAUGAGCAAUCUUUAUCUUUUGUUGGUGGAUCUAGUAACACAAGUUCUGAAUCUAGCGCAGCAAUUGCAAGUUCAUCAUCAUGUCCCACUGGUCCGACAGGCAAAGAUUUGGGUAUCAGUGAAGUGGUCAAGGAGUGCUUAACCAAUGAUGAGACACCAGUUGAUGCAGCUGACAGUACAACAGGCGAGUUGGACCUGGCAGGAAUUGAUGAUCAUGAGUUAGACAUGAUGCUGCUGAGUGAAGAUGAAGUCAAGAUAAAAACAGACAUUUGGAUGAAAGAAAAUGGUGAAUUCCUUCAAGCUCAAAAAGAAAAACAAGAAAGAAUUGCUAGGGAAAAAGAACUUGAGGAACAAAAUCCAGAAAAGAAAAAGAAAAAAAAAUAUCAGAAGAGGAAGCCACUGCACACAACACCAGCUGCAUCAGGGGAAGAGGCCAUUGUUAGACUCAUCCAGGAGAAAAAAAUCUCAACCAAGAUUAAUUACGAUGUCCUCAAUGAUCUCAAAGUACAAGGCUCUCGAGCUCCGAAGACCAACUCCAUCCUCAAAUUUAAUCCAUUUGAGAGUAGUAGUACCAGUGUACCACCAGCCUUAAAUAGAUUAAGAAAACCUAGUUUAUCAUCAGGUUCUAAAGGAGGAAAGGUAAUGACAUGUUUUGGUAUAACUUAA